UUAACUAAUUAUUUGAUGUUUUGGGUGUUUCAGGGGUUACAAAAGAUUUUUUAAGAGAACAGCUCUAGAAACUUCGGACUACCUUAAAGAUGAUUGUCUAUCUGUGAAUUGUAGUGUUGGUGUUGUGAGGUCACGUACGGAAGGUCCUAAAAUCUAUACGAUAGCAAUACCGUCUUCUAGCAUUGGUCAUCAAUUUGGGCAGCUACUUGAAAGUCGUAAAGGAAGUGAUGUGAAUUUUGAAGUGAACGGAGAAUUUUUUUCUGCUCAUAAAUUGGUAUUAGCAGCUCGGUCACCUGUUUUUAGAGCACAGCUUUUUGGUCCUAUGAAAGAUCAGAAUACCCAGUGUAUUAAAGUUGAAGACAUGGAGGCUCCAGUUUUCAAGGCAUUGCUUCAUUUUAUAUACUGGGACUCACUGCCAGAUAUGCAUGAGCUUACUGGGUUGAACUCAAAGUGGGCAUCAACCUUGAUGGCUCAGCAUCUUCUAGCAGCAGCUGAUCGAUAUGGUCUUGAGAGGCUUAGGCUGACGUGUGAAGCAAGUCUCUGUGAAGAUGUAGCAAUUAAUACUGUGGCUACGACUCUAGCCUUGGCAGAGCAGCACCACUGUUUCCAGCUGAAAGCUGUUUGUCUCAAGUUUAUUGCUACUUCUGAAAAUCUUAGAGCUGUGAUGCAAACUGACGGAUUUGAGUACUUGAAGGAAAGUUGCCCAUCUGUUCUGACUGAGCUAUUGGAGUACGUGGCCAGAUUUACUGAGCAUUCGGACUUCAUGUGCAAGCAUAGGAAUGAAGCACUGCUUGAUGGCAGUGACAUAAAUGGGAGGCGGGUGAAGCAAAGGCUCUAGUUUCAACACUGAACAGCUUUCUGUACAACCCUCUUCUACUCUCCGUUUUAAAAGAUCGCUAGAGUUUGUAGUUGAAGGGAAAAUAUAUAUAAUCUUUUAUAGGAUCAGAGGCAAAUUUUAAAUUUCUUAGCUUAUUCUUGUGUAAGAGAUGUAAAUGUAAUUUGUGUUGUUGCUGUUACCGUUCUGUUUGACGUAGGUUUCUUCUGUAAUAUCUUAAGGAUUUCUUUUUACUGGAAAACAUGUCUGGAAAGUGUUGAUUUGAUCGCUACUUCCCCGUUUGUUUUUGUACUUUUAUUCAAUCUAGCAGCGUAAGUACUCUUGAACA